AUGCCACGUUCAGCCGCUGUGACUCGGAGAGGUCAUCACAACAACAACAACAACAACAACAACAACAACAACAACAACAACAACAACAACAAUAAUAAUUCCACCAGUACCACCAACAGCAGUCGGAAUCAUGAAAACGGGAGUGCGGUCAAUGGCAAGCGUCUAAACAAGCAAAAGUCGUCCAGUCACCUGAACGGGAAUGCCGGCUACAGCUCCAGCACCUCGUACUCCGCCAACUACAGCGAUAUUCGUUCUUCCAGUGAUUCAUCGGUCGUGACAACCUCCAGGGCCAAUGCUGCGCCGACAACUGAUGGACCCAAGCCAGACAGCAACGAUCACGCUUAUACCAACGGUGAUAUGGCCUGCGGACACUCCAUUUCCCCGGAAGCCGGCCCUUCCUCCUCUUCCAAACCAGCAACAGCAGCAUCCGCCUCCAAGCGCCAUGCCUCUUCGUCUGUAAAUCCCUUUGCUCUGGCUUCGACAAUUCUCCGGUCAUGCCCUCUGUACGAUACCAUCGCCAUCUUGAUAUUCCUCCUACAGCUACCCCCGAUUGUUCUCACUUUGGUCCAGUUUCUGUUCGCGUCCUUGACCUUUAUGCCCCCCGGCGGGGGCUCCGGCUCCUCGUUGACCUCGAAUUUUGAUAUUUUCCAAGGGCCCGCUGGCACACCUUCGUUUGGGACAAUGAUUGCGAUGGAUGGCUUCUGUCUUCUAAUGUGGGGGCUCUUUAUGUGGACCUGGGCUCAGAAUUUUGCUUUGGACUUGGCCCAUGUACAGGUUGCCAUCACUCUUGGGGGCGGCGGCUCCGGCAAGAAUGGCGGCGUCAAUGCUCUUUGUGUCGGUACCGUGCUAUUGCUGCAUAUUGUCCGGAGCAAAGGCAUACAAGACUUUGUCAUCGGCCAUCUCACUUCUGCUCAACUAAUUAGUCCCGAUUUCCUAUCCCGCUGGUCUCACCUCUUGCCUAAUGGGUUCAGACGGACGGAGCCGCAGACUUCUCCAAGCUGGCUGAGGAGCAUUCUCGCCAUCCAUAUCCUAGCUCAGGCAUGCACCGCCAUGGCAAGACGAUCGAUGGCUCGGAAUCGAUCGCCCCAACCGUCCCGUUCCGGGAAACGUAUCGAUGCCGAGGCCUCUGCCGGUUCGCAGGCUCAGUUUGACUCCGCCUUUGAAUCUACUGCGAGUAUCACAUCUGUACUGGGGGUUGAUGGCUCCCUCUCUGGUCCUUCGGCUCUGAAGGAGAGCAGGGAACGGCUCCAAAGCGCCAAAAAACGAAGGAGGCAGGCGAAUCAAGUUCGAAGUAGGCAGCCCUUUUGGGCUGCACUAGCAAGCACGAAAGUAACCGUCAUGAGGGAAUACGAGCAUUCCAGGGCUGUGUCAAAGACGACCCGUGGCCUGCCAAUGACCGAGGAUGAUCUUCAAGGGAUAACACUCGACGAUGGGCUGGUUUGGAUCACAAGCGUGGAUAGUUCAACUAUUAAGUUUGCCGCCGGUGACUUUGCUACGACAGAUGAUGCGACAACCUCUUCGUCUACAGUGUGUGAGGAUGGAAAUCUGGGAAGUAACGAGCAUGAGCCAUUUUACGUCUGUGUUAAUGGGGCUUCGUGGGCAACAGUCAGUAUGGAAAAGGUCACUGAUGGACCCAAGACAUCCAGUACUGUGCAGUGGAGGGGAGAAAUUUCCGGAUUGGCCCCGAAUUGCGCCUACACCUGCUCCUUUGUACGAAACGACUCGGACGAAGUAAUCUGCUCUCUAAGCGUCAAGACCCCUCCGGCACUGGACACAGAUCAAAGCACCGUUUCUAUCAUGCCGACACCACCGCGCCCUUUUCACCGGCCGUCUUCCCCGACGACAACGCUGAGAAAUUCUAUCGCCAAUGCAGAGUCGAAGCUGAACGAAAAGCGUUCUCGUUUAAAAAAGGCCAAAAGUGAUCACAAGGUCCUCUUAUCCCGCAUGAAGAAGGAGCUAGACAACUUCAAUCAUCGGCUAAGCAGCGGAAAUGACGAAAACCGACAAAAACAACGAUCAUUGCAACUAGAACGAAACAUUCGACAAACCGAGGAAGCUACAGCUGCUCUUGAAUCCCAGCUUGACAGCAUGGACAAGAUUCCUGAGGAGGAGCUCGAAGAAUGGCAGGCACAAAAGGCUGAAUUCGAGCGAGAGUUGGAACGACUCAAAACUUCCAAGGAGGAAUUAGUUGCUGCUCGUACUUCAGUUUCCCGUGACAUCGCCUCUCUCGAGUCUGAUUAUAACUCUGCUGUUCAGAAACGCGAUCGUCUUCAAAGCCGCAAGACCCGCCUUAAUGAGCAGUAUGAACGUAUCAUCUCAGCUAACGCGCAGGGUCUUAAUGAACGAGAACGUCGAGCUGCGGAGCAAUUCGCCCGAGAACAAGAGCAAGCCAAGAUCGAAGCCAAUUUCAAUGAUCAACUAGCUAGCAUCAGCCGCGCAGUACAGGAUUACCAACUGCGCACGAACCAGCUGUGGCAACAAGCGUCAGGGAUUGAACAGGCUAUCCAGCAACAACAGCAGCAGAUGCUUUUUGAGACCGGUCCAUUGACGCCCGAGGGUAUUCUUCCGGGCACACGUUCUUUACUGGAGGACUCCGAGGAAUCAAACAUGAGUAAUGUCAAUCACUCUGUCAACAAUUUGACCAUCACACCCGCCAACAGUCGAUCAAUAUUGGGUACAAGCUUCUCGGCGUUGCGGUCUAGUCCUCAUCAAACGACACCUACGUUCGCUGGUGGAUCGACGUCUCAGACCGCCAGUCCCUUGCAAGCAACGACUCAACAAGCUCCUGGGUAUCAAGCAUCGCCUCGUCUGAGCGUAGUCAACUACCUCGGAGGACGCGAGUUCGCUUAUCGGGACCGGUCGUCCUCCAAUCGCUCAGCACGAAGCAGCUUCUAUGCAGACCUCGACUAUGAUUUCAAUCGGUACCUGCUCGAUCCCGCGGAACGCGUCAAUUUGGGGUCUGACGGCAAAGGCCAAACCAGUCCAACUUAUGGUGCCAUUGGCAGUCCGUUCACACGAGCUGGAAGUCGCGGUAGUGGUGGCAGCAGCGGUAACAGCGGAAGUGGCAGUGGAAGCGGUAGUCCUCGGUCUACGCGAGCAGAAGGGCUGUAG